CCAUCCCUCUCUCAUCCCCACCCACACCCAAGGAUUCUCCCUCUCCUCUAUCUCUCUCUCUCUCUCUGUCGAUCUCCGUCUUUUUAGGAGAAGAAGGGAUGCUUGUUUGAUUCCUCUUAUUGAACAGACUCUUUUUGAUGCUGUAGACUUCAAACCCUUUGUGUGCUGGUUACUUUGCCCUACCUGUGGAGGAUCCUGGUAGUCAGCCAGCCUCUGGAGCGUGUGUAGCCCCAGCCGCAGCCACCAUGCUGGGCUUGGAUGUGUGUGAGUUUGGGGGUCAGGUUCUGGAGCUUCUCUGGCUAACCAUGUGCUACCAAGGUUUGAUGGCGGAUAUGGAGGACAAGCCUGUGGGAGAGGAGGAGGACGAGACAGACCUGAACUACACUCCUCCGGCCCAGAAGACCCUGCAGGAGAUACAGGAACUAGACAAGGAUGAUGAGAGUCUCAGGAAAUACAAACAGACUCUACUAGGAGCUGGACCAGUUGUGGGAGACCCGACCAUUCCUAAUCUCCAGGUCACCAGACUGACCCUGAUGUGUGACCAAGCACCUGGUCCUAUCACCAUGGACCUCUCAGGUAAAUACCACUCCUUUAUCCCUGGUCCUAUCACCAUGGAGGUCUCAGGUAAAUACCACUCCUUUAUCCCUGGUCCUAUCACCAUGGACCUCUCAGGUAAAUACCACUCCUUUAUCCCUGGUCCUAUCACCAUGGACCUCUCAG